AAUCCUAACUUAUCUGCCAAAAUUAAGUCCAAAACCCCAGUAAGAAGAAAAUGCGAGGACGCAAGGAUUCUCCCAAGAGAAGGCCUCGCCCAUCCUCUCCAACUCGCUCCCGCCCAUCUAGGGUUACUCCCUCAGCCUCCCUUCUUGACGAUGAACUCGUGACGGAGCAAGAAGCUUCCACCGUCUCUCUCUUCCAAGACCUCCAAAUUUCACCGGAUUACGCCACAUUAACCCCUAACCCCAGGAGCUUUCCCUACAGCGUCAAGCAGCAAUGCUGGGAAAAGGCAGAGAAGGUCAAGGGCCGGGACCCAGAUCGCUGGAGGAGAGAUGCCGUUGGUAACAUUGUCUUCAAGAAGCUCGUUGGCUGCUCUGGGUGCUUGUGCCAUGAUUACGACCACAUCGUGCCUUAUUCAAAGGGAGGCAAAAGCACACUGGAAAAUUGCCAGGUUUUACAGGCAACAGUCAAUCGAUCAAAAGGAAAUCGGACUGAGCUAUCAAGAUCUGAUCUUAUUCAAAGAAGUUCUUAUUGUCGGGUUUCAGGUCGUGACAUGGAUCUUAUUGAACUCUCAGCUUAUGGCAAUGUACGUCACACAGAGGAUUCUGGAGGGUGUAGAAUUCAAUAAGCAACUCAGCUGUAGAAGCAUGUUGUAAAGCAGUUACCAUGGAUAUUGGUAGGUUACUUUGAUUUCAUUGCAUAUUUAUUCAAGAUGGAUCUUCAUGAAGUUGUGAGAUUACAAGUUAAUCACCUUCUAGAUUAUGCUUGUGUCUAGGAUGCGUGGAGACACUUCAUAAACAUGCCUUUUAGGCUGUAUUUUCAUAUUAUCUAUCAUGCUUUAUCAGGAUUCUGAGUCUGAUGCAUGGAAAUGUUGAAUUGGAAUUUGAAGAGCCAUUAGUUGCUUCAGGAUUGACAAUGUAGAGCUGCUGAAGUGCUAGUUCAACAAAAUUAAGCUCUGGCUACAUGUAAUGGACUAGUUAUAUUUGUACAAUGAUUUUGAGGCACCAAUUUAGUAUAGCUUCUAAUUGCUCUUUCUUGCAGUUACAUCGUGCUUUUGGAUAUUUAUGUGUUUUGUAAAUUUUACAGAAAUUGCUCUUUCAAAAAACUGUAAACGACAAUACCUUUCAGUUUAAAAUAAGAACAUGCGACUAAG